CUUCUUUCCUACUUGUUUGGAAAGCGCGAGCUGAGAGAGUGGACAGCGCGCGCACGGAGAAACACUAUCCACGAUAUCGUGAUGUGCAAAGAGACAUAUGAAAGACAUCGACCACCUUAGACUCGUGGAGAAAUCUGCGAAAGCAAUAGCGUAGCUUUAUAAAGUAUCCCCGGAGGCUCAGCUGUCACAGAAUGGAGAACAUCACGAGCCUCUUCAUCCCAAACCCAACAUGCAACUACAGCAUGGACUUAUACUACAACUCUCCAAACCGGAGCGAUCUGAACUGCACGCCGCCGGCUGACUACUUCUUUAACGCAGAUCUGUACGUGGUUCUCCCGGUCAUUUACUCCGUGAUAUGCGCCGUGGGUCUGACGGGCAACACGGCGGUCAUAUAUGUGAUCCUCAAAGCACCCAAAAUGAAGACAGUGACCAAUAUGUUCAUCCUGAACUUGGCGAUCGCCGACGACCUGUUCACUUUAGUGCUGCCUAUCAACAUAGCGGAACAUCUGUUACACUACUGGCCGUUCGGCGAGGUGCUGUGCAAAAUAAUUUUAAGCAUCGACCACUACAACAUCUUCUCGAGCAUUUACUUUCUGACAGUUAUGAGUGUGGACCGGUACCUGGUGGUGCUGUCGACCGUGCGCUCCAAGCGCAUGCCGUACCGCACAUACCGGGCAGCCAAGAUAGUGAGCCUGUGCGUGUGGCUGCUGGUGAUCCUCAUCGUCGUGCCGUUCACCGUGUUCGCGGGAGUCUACAUCAGUCCCGACGACAACGAGAGAAAAAGCUGUGUCCUAAGUUUCCCCAGUCCUGAAAGUUUGUGGUUCAAAGCGAGCCGGAUUUACACCCUCAUACUGGGUUUUGCAAUCCCGGUGUCUACGAUUUGCAUUCUUUACACCAUGAUGCUGUACAAAUUAAGACACAUGCGCUUGAACACCAACGCCAAAGCGCUGGACAAAGCCAAGAAGAAGGUGACUAUCAUGGUGUUCAUCGUACUGGCCGUGUGCCUGUUCUGCUGGACGCCCUUUCACCUCAGCACCAUCGUGGCUCUGACCACAGACCUGCGGACCACACCGCUUCUCAUCGGCAUCUCGUACUUCAUUGCCAGCCUGAGCUACGCCAACUCCUGUCUGAACCCGUUCCUCUACGCCUUCCUGGACGACAGCUUUAGAAAAGCCUUCAAGAAGAUGUUAGAAUGUAGACCUGCUUGAAUGUAAAGCGCUUUGAAGGGACGUGUUCAGAGUCAUCCAGAACUGAAUUCCAGUGAGAUUCCAGAAUUUGAAUUGAAUUUGAGUUGAGGUAGCAAACAGGAUGCAACUAAGGCGUUUAACAAUUGGGAUUUGAAUUUAAUUUAAAAUUAAAAUAAUUUUAUUAAAAGGUAUAUGACUGCAAUAAGCAUAGUUUUGAAUUUGAACAGCAAAUUAAAGAAGGAUUUUAUUGCUUGACAAAGCAUUCCCUGGCAGUUUUUUAUGUGCAUAAAAAUAUAUUUGAUAAAAAUAUAAAAGAUAAUUUUAAUUAUUCAACUAUAAAUUUUGAGCUAUUGUCAUUACAAUUCAAUAUCCGGUAUUUUGUCAUUACAUUUUAAUUAAUCAUAAACUCCAAGGAUCCCAAUUUUAAAAUACGAACUAUGGUUACCAACGUAAUAUGAUCAUUAAUUAUUGCCAGUGUCUCAAAAUAGUGAGCAGCUCAUUUAGACAUCCUAUUAUUAAAACCAAUGUCAUUUCAAUUCAAUAUCCUUUAGUUUGUUGCCAAUAAAAUUACAAUUACACUCAGUUUUAUAUGUUAUGCCUAAAUCUGAUUAAAAUACAGUUAUGAUGACUGUGUCAACUUUCCAGACUCCCAUAUUCCUUUGUAUUUCCAAUAAUAAAGCGAAAUGUUUUCCUUAUACUAAAUUCUAAAGUAAGAGUUUGUCUCCCUCUUGUGCUCUCUGUGAUGAAAAAAUGAAGCUGAAAUCUUUUGGAAUGUGUUUCAACAACAUUUGUCUGACGGAAGUGCCCUGGAAACUUUGAUUAGGAAUUACAAAAUGUGAUAUCAUUGCUGUUUUAGGAUGGCAUCAUGUAUUUCUCAAACAGCAGGCAUUCAUAUGUAUAUAUUUAUUUUACCUGCUUUUGUCACAUGAAAGGUCAUCACUUCCUGUCCAGUAGUAUUUCAUCUUAAUAGCAAAUGUGAGAUGUUUAUUCCUAUUUUUUAAAUGAAUAAAUAUAAAUGUAAUUGUGUAUAUCCAGAUAUGUAAGUCAUGCAGAUCAACACAGUGUAGCAUACUAUGCUUCAUGGCUUUUUAAUACAUGUCAUAAA